GAUGACGUGUCAAGAAAGUGCCGGAAGCGUUCAGUUGUGCCAAAAUGGCUUAUCAGACUGUUCAGCAGGAAUAUUUACAGAUUCCUUUUGUGACUCGGGCAUACACAACUGCCUGUGUCCUUACUACCGCUGCUGUGCAAUUAGAACUCAUCACACCUUUCCAACUAUACUUCAAUCCUGAUUUGAUACUAAGGAAUUAUCAGGUAUGGAGACUCAUAACCAACUUUUUAUUUUUCGGGCCAGUUGGCUUCAACUUCCUUUUCAAUAUGAUUUUUUUGUACCGAUACUGUCGUAUGCUGGAGGAGGGCUCUUUUAGGGGCCGCACCGCUGACUUUGUCUUUAUGUUCCUCUUUGGUGGCCUUUUGAUGACUAUAUUUGGCACCUUUGUGAGUCUGGUAUUCUUGGGCCAAGCCUUCACCAUCAUGCUGGUGUACGUGUGGAGCAGGCGCAACCCCAACGUUCGCAUGAACUUCUUUGGUCUGCUGAACUUUCAGGCGCCCUUUCUCCCGUGGGUGCUCAUGGGAUUCUCUCUGCUGCUGGGGAACUCCAUCAUUGUGGAUUUACUAGGUAUCGCUGUGGGUCAUGUCUACUUCUUUCUGGAGGAUGUAUUCCCAAACCAGCCAGGUGGUGGCAGAUGGCUCAAGACUCCUUUUUUUCUUAAAAUGCUGUUUGACACUCCAGAAGAAGAUGCCAACUACAACCCCCUUCCCGAGGAGCGUCCAGGGGGGUUCGCCUGGGGAGAGGGACAGCGCCUCGGGGGUUAAUCUAGCCCCCCACCACAGGAUCACUUUAUAAUGGACAUUCCCUCAGCGAGACAGAGGGACUAUUAUUAUUAUUAUUAUUUUCUUGACUUAUUUCUCUAGUUCUGGAUGGAGAACGCCAAUAUCCAACCAGAGCUUUCCUGAGAUUGGUGUGUGGCUUACAUCUCCCUGAAACUAUUCUAUAAGCCAGACUGUCACUUUAAGACCACAUGAGGACAUAACAACAGCAAGGGACUUUUGAUGGGGAACCUCUGGCUGUGUUGAUGUUUGGCUUUAUCUCUGGGGGAAUAUUGUCAAUAUGGGAAACGGAGGCCAAAAUUGAAUGAAUUCAGAUCUUGAGGGUUUUUUCCAUUUUUUUWAUAAUUAACGUGUGGCGAAUGUAGAUAUUGCUGGAUAUAUUUUCUUUGUCAGUUUUUUGUAAGGCGUUCCAUAUUUGAUUUAUUUCAUUAAUGUGAUUUCAGUCCCAAAAGAGUGCUUGGAUGCACUAGGCAUCAACAAUGUGAACUCUUGCAUAACUUACAUAUUGAAUAAAAGCACACAUUUUGUUUA